AUGCAAGGAAAUUUUUGCAAGCACGUCAUCAAGGUCAAUAUGAUCUGUGAAAAUGAUGAAAGCUACAAACCAUCCAUGUCUUUUCGGUCAUUCAGAGAGAUAAUAAUGGAUCUUUGGAAGAAACCAAUGGAUGACUCAAUUGCAUUAGAUGAGUCAGUUGCCUGGACCCAUCAGAUGCUUGAUCAAAUCAAACAACUUGUUGAACUGAAUAGUUCAAAUGAUAUUGGCAUUGUGGUAAAUAAUAUGCCAUUGAAAUGGGUUUCUAAGAAGGGCAGAACAUUUGUUGGUAUACCAGCUUCCCUUCCAGCUCUUCCAUCUGGUUCCAAGAGCAUCACAAAGAAUCUGCAGAAGAAGUAUGAAAACGGAAAAGAUUAUCAAGAUUAAAAUGAUCAUCAAAGUUGU